CUGGUCGCCCUUGGCAGCGGCUAAGGCGGAGCGCGCGGCUCCACGGCCGGCUAGCCCUGGCGAAGGCACCGGAGGAGGGUGGGGACCGCAACCCGGGCUUCGCAGGUGGCUACCGUGGAGGCGAGGGCCGCGCAGAGAUUCGGCGUGUGACUAGGAGCGCACCUGGGGAGGAUGGACGCGAGGGGACGGGAAAUAGCUAACGGGGCUCUCUCUCCGCGCCGCGUGCGUGGAAGCGCACGUCGUGGAUCCUGAGCGGCUCUGUAGACAGCGGCAGCGCCAAGCUCCCCUCAGGCCAUGAGGAGUGCUCAGGCCUGCCGGCCGGGGGACGCCGUCGGGGCUGGCUGCGUCCUGCUGAGCUGAGGGCGUGAGGCUGAGAGGGGCGCAGGAGGCAGGGCUGCGCGGGAGAGCAGCGCCAUGGCUAAGGAGGAGUGCAAGGCGCUACUGGACGCGCUCAAUAAGGCGACCGCAUGCUACCACUGCCUGGUGCUCACCAUCGGCGGCUCCGCGGACUCGCAGAACCUGCGAGAGGAGCUGCAGAAGACGCGCCAGAAGGCGCAGGAGUUGGCGGUGGCCCUCCGCGCCCGGCUGACAGCCCCCUUGCGCGAUAGAGGCCUGGGCCCCGAGGAGCGCGCCGAGUUCGAGCGCCUGUGGGUGGCCUUCUCCGGCUGCCUGGACCUGCUGGAAGCCGACAUGCGGCGUGCGCUGGCCCUGGGCACCGAGUUCCCGCUGCAUGCACCGCGGCGGCCCCUCGUGCGCACCGGCGUGGAAGGCGGCGCAGCGGGCGUAGUGGCCCGCGCGCUGAGCACCCGCAGCCUGCGGCACGAGGCUGAGCGCGACUUCGACGUGGAAGACCUGCACCAGCUGGAGCGGGAGAUCCUUCAGGUGGGCGAGAUGAUCCAGGAUAUGGAGAUGAAGGUCAACGUGCCCCGCUGGACGGUGCAGGCCCGGCAGGCGGCAGGCGCCGAGCUCCUGUCCAGCACCAGCGCCGGUGUCUCUUCCGUGGGCGGUGCAUCCAUAGAACAGCGCACCGGGCCCUGCGACCUGAGCAAGGCCAAGGCCGCCACCAUCUUCAGUGCCGUGCUGCUGGCGGCUGUGGCCUUGGCCGUGUGCGUGGCGAAGCUGAGCUGACCCAUACUCGACGGCCCCCCGCCGCCACCACUCCCUACCAGGAGACACCUCUCGGAGAACACCUGCAACCGGCAGGACUAGGGAUGGGAGUGGGAUCUGGCAUGUUUCAGGGGAGCGAUUCUAAAACCCUGUGUGUGUACGUGUAUGUUUAUACGCGCGUUUCGAGCACACAUCUGCCUGGGCAGAACAUGGCUUGCUUCCUCUUGCUGGCCCAGGAGGAGUUAACUUUGCGCCGGCCACCAGGAUAUUACCGCUAAUGUAUGCAGGAGCUUUAUCCUCUAUUAAUAGAAAUCACAGUGACCCGAGAUUCCUCCGAGUUAAUAGGUUACCGCCUGUGCUGCUGGGGCGUGUUUACACUGAGUCUGAGCUUGGGGCCCCCCACCCCUGCCGUUGAUUCCUAGGCUCCGCAUGGGACAGUUUGGAAAGAGGGUGAGGUGAAAUUAAGUGUGAAGGGGGGGCUGUUUUGGUGUGUGUGUGUGUGUGUGUGUGUGUGUGUGUGUGUUUGUGUGUUGGUUUUGUUUCCUGGACAAGAAAACAAAUUGCAACAAGACAUAAGCAGUUUUUAUUACCUUAAUCCUUUGGGGCCUAAGUUUAGGAGAGUGUGCAAAUAGACGUUCGUGCAAGGUGCUUUCGGCACAGGAUUAUACACUUCUGCACACACUUGCCUAUUGAAAAGGGCUCCACCCAGUCAGCCUGGGAGGGGCAGCAAGCUUUGGGAAGGGCCGCAGGCUAGCGAAACAGGCACUUUCUCCUUGGCUGGGGCUUAUUUUUGUUACAGAACUAGACCAGAGUUUUUGAUCCUCCUUUGGGGAAUCCUCUCUGGAGCCCUUAAUCCUAUCUAUCCCUUGGAAUUUGCUUGCUGGCCAGUAGGAGAGCUGGCUUUGGAGGGAGCUGCACAGCUCCCUGACCCUCACACUGCCCCCUGGGAGGGUCAAGUGGCAUCACUGGGCACAGAGGUUUUGAGCCAGUUAGCCCUGAGACUGGGUUAGAACGUAACAGCUUUAACUUCAAAUUUAAGGAGGUUU